AAACAGAUAUUCUCCAUGAUGAUGUUGAGUCCCAACCAAACAGUAGUGACAGAGUUUGUACUGGAAGGGUUUUCAGAACAUUCUAGUCUAAGACUUCUCUUGACAGGCUGCUUCCUGUCCCUCUACACAAUGGCUCUAAUGGGCAACAUUGUGAUCAUUGCUUUGGUCACGUCCAGCACUGGGCUCCACAGUCCCAUGUACUUUUUCCUAUGCAACCUAGCCACCAUGGAUAUUGUGUGCACCUCCUCUGUGCUUCCCAAGGCCCUGGUUGGUCUACUGUUUGAGGAAAACACCAUCUCCUUCAAUGGAUGCAUGGCCCAGCUCUUCUUCCUUCUGUGGUCGUUGUCUUCAGAGCUGCUGCUGCUCACAGUCAUGGCCUAUGACCGUUAUGUAGCCAUCUGCUUUCCACUCCACUACAGCACUAGGAUGAGCCCACAGAUGUGUGGAGCACUGGCCAUGGGUGUAUGGUCCAUCUGUGCUCUGAAUGCAUCUGUGCACACUGGUCUAAUGACACGAUUGUCAUUCUGUGGCCCCAGGGUCAUCACCCACUUCUUCUGUGAAAUCCCCCCACUCCUCCUGCUCUCCUGUAGCCCCACAUAUGUGAAUAGCAUUAUGACUCUUGUGGCAGAUGCCUUUUAUGGAGGCAUAAACUUUGUGCUAACCCUGUUAUCCUAUGGCUACAUCAUUGCCAGCAUCCUGCGCAUGCGUUCUGCUGAGGGCAAGAGGAAGGCUUUUUCUACCUGCUCAUCCCACCUUAUUGUGGUCUCUGUGUACUAUUCAUCUGUGUUCUGUGCCUAUGUUAGUCCUGCUUCCAGCUACAGCCCUGAGAGAAGCAAAGUUACCUCAGUGCUGUACUCAAUCCUCAGCCCAACCCUGAACCCCCUCAUCUAUACACUGAGGAACAAGGACGUCAAGCUCGCCCUGGCAAGACUCUUACCCUUGUUCCCCCAGUAA